GCAGGGCAAGUCUACUAGUCUCCUGGCUCCCCACACCUCUGUGCACCGCCAAAAGGAAUGCCUUGGUGACGAUACCAUGUCUGCCAAAUGCGCACUCUCUCUCCCCUUUCCAAUAUAAACCCUUCGCCUUUCUCUCUUCUUCUUACUUCUCACUUCUCACAUAACAAACCAUCAUAUUUUCUCUCCCUCUCCGCAAAUCGCUCAAACUUCUCCCUUUUCACUCCACCGAAUAACCAUUCCACUUUCCACAACUUCGCGCCAUUCAGGGAAGGAAGUUUGACUUCAGCUAAAUAUUGAAAUUCGACUUCAAUGGUUGGAUUCCAGAGUGAGCAUAACCCUGGGAAUAAGUGCAAUGGUAAUUCUAAUAGUUUUCCAAGUCGUCAUGAACGACUUAUGAGAGUAAGAGAGCAAAAGAAAAGCGGCAGGGCAUGUUUUUCAAAUGAGUCUCCUGAUAAUAAUAAUAAUAAUAAUAAUAAUAAUAAUAAUAAUGUGGUUGCUGAAUAUUUUGAGCAUGACCUGCGUUUAAGAGAAGAUAAUAACAACUCUGCUACUUGCUAUGCUGUUGAACGAUUCCUGAAAGGAGCGCUGACUCUUAGUGAGGGCCGCGUAAGGGAAGAUGGAAAACCUUUCAGACAACGGCUUUUGGUGGUAGCCAAUAGGCUGCCAGUCUCAGCAAUUAGGAAAGGCGAGGAUUCAUGGUCUUUGGAGAUAAGUGCUGGUGGCUUGGUGAGCGCUCUUUUAGGUGUGAAUGAGUUUGAGACGAGGUGGAUAGGUUGGGCUGGUGUCAAUGUGCCAGAUGAGAUUGGACAAAAGGCACUUACAAAAGCUUUGGCCGAAAAGAGGUGUAUCCCAGUGUUUCUUGAUGAAGAGAUUGUUCAUCAAUAUUAUAAUGGCUAUUGCAACAACAUUUUGUGGCCCCUUUUUCAUUACCUUGGACUUCCACAAGAAGACCGCCUUGCUACCACACGAGGUUUCCAAUCUCAGUUUCAAGCAUAUAAGAAAGCAAAUGAAAUGUUUGCCGCCGUUGUAAACAAGCACUAUGAAGAGGGUGAUGUUGUUUGGUGCCAUGAUUACCAUCUUAUGUUUCUUCCACAAUGCUUAAAGAAUCAUAACCGCAAAAUGAAAGUUGGCUGGUUUCUGCAUACCCCAUUUCCAUCUUCUGAAAUUCACAGGACAUUGCCAUCUCGUUCAGACCUCCUGCAUGCUGUUCUUGCAGCUGAUUUGGUUGGUUUUCACACCUACGAUUAUGCACGGCAUUUUGUUAGUGCAUGUACUCGCAUUCUUGGACUUGAGGGAACGCCUGAAGGGGUUGAGAAUCAAGGGAAGCUGACUCGAGUUGCUGCAUUUCCAAUAGGUAUAGACUCAGAACGCUUCAUACGUGCACUUGACCUUCCUCAAGUCAAGACACACAUCAAAAAUUUACAAGAGAGAUUUAAAGGAAGAAAGGUAAUGUUAGGUGUGGAUCGCCUUGAUAUGAUUAAGGGAAUCCCUCAAAAAAUUCUAGCAUUUGAAAAGUUUUUGGAAGAGAAUGUUGGUUGGCAUGAAAAAGUUGUUCUGCUUCAAAUUGCCGUGCCAACAAGAACAGAUGUUCCUGAGUAUCAAAAGCUUACAAGCCAGGUCCAUGAAAUUGUUGGUCGCAUCAAUGGCCGGUUUGGAACACUGACUGCUGUUCCCAUACAUCACCUGGAUCGCUCUCUUGAUUUUUAUGAACUAUGUGGUUUGUAUGCUGUUACAGAUGUAGCACUUGUCACUUCUUUGAGGGAUGGAAUGAAUCUAGUAAGUUACGAAUUUGUGGCCUGCCAAGAUAAAAAGAAAGGGGUUCUCAUUCUUAGCGAAUUUGCUGGUGCUGCACAGUCACUUGGUGCUGGAGCAAUUCUGGUCAACCCUUGGAACAUCACAGACGUAGCUGAUGCAAUUAAAAAGGCUCUGAAUAUGUCAUCGGCAGAACGAGAGAAGAGGCAUAAACAUAACUUUCAUCAUGUAAAAUCCCACACUGCUCAGGAAUGGGCAGAAACUUUUGUAAGUGAACUAAAUGAUACUGUUGUUGAGGCACAGCUAAGGACAAAACAAGUUCCACCAGGGCUCCCAACCAAGACUGCAGUUGAACGUUAUUUGCAGUCAAAAAACCGGUUGCUUAUUUUGGGUUUCAAUGGAACUCUAACUGAACCAGUUGAAAGAAAAGGUGAUCAAUAUGAUGAAACGGAACUCACAGUGCAUCCAGAACUGAAACAACCCUUGGCAGAACUUUGCAGUGACCCAAAGACUACAGUUGUUGUGCUUAGUGGAAGCUGUAGGACAGUUCUAGAUGAAAACUUCAAAGAAUAUGACAUCUGGCUGGCAGCAGAGAAUGGGAUGUUUUUAAACCCUUCAAAGGGAGAAUGGAUGACAACAAUGCCAGAGCAAUUGAAUAUGGAAUGGGUUGAAAGCGUGAAGCAUGUUUUUGAGUACUUUACAGAAAGAACACCUCGAUCACAUUUCGAGGAAAGGGAUGCUUCACUUGUAUGGAGUUACAGACAUGCAGAUGUUGAGUUUGGAAGACUCCAAGCAAGGGACAUGCUGCAGCAUCUCUGGACAGGUCCAAUUUCUAAUGCAUCAGUUGAAGUUGUUCAAGGGAGCCGAUCUGUGGAGGUGCGAGCUGCUAAUGUUACAAAGGGCGCAGCUAUUGACCGCAUUCUAGGUGAGAUUGUCCACAGUAAAUCCAUGACAACACCAAUUGAUUACGUUCUAUGUAUAGGACAUUUUCUGACUAAGCAGGAUGAAGAUAUAUACGCGUUUUUUGAGCCAGAGUUACCUUCUAAUGGAUUCGGUCUUCCACGAAGUAAGGUAACAGAAGGAGUUAAGUUCCCUGUUGACAGGAUAUCAUCAGUGAAGAUCCCAGCUAGUAAAAAUGGAGCAAAAUCAUCAUCCCAAAAUAAGGGACAACGAGCAGUGGAGAAGAAAAUAAAUAACCAUAUGUGCCGUGCACCACGUAGGCCAGUCCCUGAAAAGAUCUCUUGGAAUGUUCUUGACCUGAAGAAGGAGAAUUACUUCUCAUGUGCUGUUGGAAGAACACAGACAAAUGCUCGGUAUACACUUGGAUCCUCAGAGGAGGUUGUUGCAUUUCUGAAGGAUCUAGCGAAUGCCAAGGGUUAAGAUUACAUAUUUUUGCAUCUUAGGAUACUUCCCACCUUCGCAAUUCGGUAUAUACUACCAAUCCUGCUUCCUUCAAAUGCCCAUAUUGCAAGUUAGAGCAAUUUUAGUCUCAGAAUUUCUUGUACAUGUUCAUUUAGUUAAAUUUGCUUUUGUUCUGCAUUAGAGAAUAGCCUUUUCUUGCAAGGUUUCAUAAUUAUUUCAAUGAUGUGCACAAGAUUUUAAUUAUUUAUAUAUAUAUAUAUAUAUAUGUUAAUUUACGCCCACA